ACACCACACUGCCAAACGCUAGCCUCGCCCACCCCACAGAUCUCCAGCACUACAACGUUGUCAUCUCCAUCGACAAAAUGGCAUAUAUCCUCCCCUUGGGUGGUGAAAUUAGCGUUGUCGCUGUACCUUUUCGACCUACACGACAAAUACGAUUUACUCACAAAAGCACUGCAGGCUGCGCCGCCUGCCGGUCCGUACCUUGCAUGGAUGGUAUCGCUGCGUGAAGUCUGGCGUUGAGUGUGUCUAUCCUCAGGACAAAAAACACAUGAAAUCAUAUAUUCCCUUGCUCCCCCAGCCGUCUACUAUGCUGUGUCCCAUUGACGUUGAGCCCAAUGGCCAGGAAGUGGACUUGUUUGGCGCAUUCCGCAGCUCCAUUGUCGACAUGGUUGGUGGUAACUUCAAUCAAUCCUUUUGGCUUGUUGAUAUACCACGGGCGGCGCAAAUGUAGCCUUCUAUAUGGCAUGCUGCCAUUGCUCUGACUGCUAUACACCAUUACACAAAGACGGAUAAGGGACGAAUUCGGUAUUCGGCACCUGGUCAGCCAGUGCCGCAUAUUGCUCGCAAUCACCAGUACAUUACGGCCCUUGUGCAUUUGAAUAAAUCACUACAGUAUCUUGCUGAGGCUGUCGCGCAAUAUCGAGACGACACGUCGUACAUGCAGAAAGAAAUGAUGAUCAUAACUAAUAUAAUGUAUAUCGACAUCAGCAGCAUUCUGGAGGAUACGAAGCAGACUACUAAGCAUCGUAUCAAUUUGAUAAGGCUAUUGGAACACUGGCGAUUCGGCGACGAGGAUCCGGUUUCUCGCCGCUGCGUCCUGGCAUACGACGAUUUGCUCUCCAUCGUUUUGGUGAUUGAUGGAAAUCUGGAUCCAUGUGCAGAGCUCCCUCACCGACAGGAGCGGCCAUGGGCCUUUCGACUCCCCACUCAUGCUAGCUUCAUGUCCACUACUCAAGCGUGCAUGGGGCUUUUGUACAUCUUGUAUUAUCGACUUCACGAUGAAGACCGGUCCAUAGAGCCUGGAUUUGAUGGACCUGGAAGGUUUGCCGCUCGUCGCCGUCAAUUGGCCUUGUAUGUUGCUAAAUUGGAUCACUAUGAGCGCUCGACGAAAUACAUGACGACUCACGAUCUAUAAUUGUUGGUUCAAGGAUUAAUAACACGUGUUAUUAAAAGGUAAAAGGUUCUGGUAAAAUCCGUUGUUUUUCUUCAAGUUCCAUGGUCGGAACUGCUCUAGCUAAAUACACCGAAUACAUCCUGUAUUCACUUCCUUUUC